UGAUGCGACUCGGACGGAUUCAGGUUGCCACAACUCUGUACCCCUAUAUUGUAUUAAGCGGGUUAGAAAAUGUUUGGAACUUCUGAUUUUUUGCGACUGUGAUAUAUUUUCUAAGACGUAAAAAUAAAAACCGCACCACUCCUAGAACGAUAUCUUCACCAAUGUUUUCUAACUAGCUCAGUUUGACAGAAAGCACCUGUUAAGUCCGGUUGGCGUGUGGAGCCCUCCUGUUUUUACUUACAUUACUCCUUGACAUUUCUUGCUCGAACUCGAACUUUGUGACGCCCUUGUGCCAGUGCGAGGCGGAGUCCAUCCGCCCCAUCAGCAUCUUUCUGUGUUCUUCUCUGCGCCCGUCCAGCGCCUGCCGUGCAGCCUCGUGACCGACAUGGGCGCCUUUCGGUGGAGUCGCUUCGCCUUCCCCGUUCUGCUGCUGCCGCUGCUGCUUUUGCACGCGCUCGUCGUGCCGGGUGGAGGCUCCAGUCUUACAUCAGGAACUUCCAACAAUUAUUCAGACCCAUGCAUGGAUCCAAACAAGCUCCAAAUCUGCAGCAUAGCAGCAAAGUGCUGCCAGACGGGUGUGGAUGACUAUGGCUGGAUUGCUGCAGCUGUAGGAUGGAGUUUAUGGUUUCUAACAAUGAUCCUGUUCUGUGUGAGCAAGCUUCUGACACUGGGAACUGCUUCAUCAUCUAAAUAUACUAAAGCCUGAUGACAUUUUGGCUUUGGUUUUUCUGACCCAAGAAAGUGGCACUUCAGUUUGCAGUAAGAUUUUAGAAGUAAACCUGACUUUAACAUUUCUCAUUAAAAAUAUCCUUAAACAGACUAGUAGUUAAAUAAAUCUGUCUGUUAUUAGGAAAUAUGAGUUGUUCAUGUAGUCUUCAUGUGUGUACACAGCUAAUUUAGUAUCUUAAUAUAACUGUAAAAGGCACAUUACCCUGGAUCUGCAGGAAAGCAGGUGAGAAAAUGGAUGGAUAUAUUAAUGGAAGAAAGAGGUUGGACUCCAUAAAGGGCCAGCCAUGUUAAUGGUCAGUUUGUUAGUUUUGCAAAUAAAUAAGACUGUUUUAAAAUGGAAGAAUGUUAAAUAAUACAUUUGAAUUGAAUAAGACAAUUUGAAAAUGGUGUGGCCUACAGGUGGAGCAGAACACAAGUUCAGCUCACAUAUUUUUAUUAGUUUUUUCUUUUUCCUCAUGGGAAAAAAUGCCUUCUCCUUUUUCCCACUUGUACAGCACAGUUAAAGCACUAAACACACAGCACAAAACACUUUCUUUUCAUUCUUCUUUCUUUCUCUUCCUUUCAAUCCAGCUCCACUCCUCCUAGCAAACGUUUGCCUCCAUCUCUUGACUCUGUCUCGAGGAGUAGUGACCGCUGGCUCCUUUUAUAGGGCACUUGGGAGUGCUACAGAUGUCCAGUGAUUUUCUUCCAGCAGCACUAAAGGGUGUGGCGGAGGUGCUGCACCCAAGUGCUCAGCUAUUCCUACAACACUCCCUGGUGGCACCCAUGGAACCCAGCAGAGCUGUUCUAAACAACUUUCAAGGAGCCCUGUGGGAGUCUGAGGCACCGCUGCAACCCAGCUGGGGCUGCCCUUUAGUGUUCUGGGGGAGAUAAUGCCCUGAAUAUGCUCUCUCUCCAAGAUUUCCUUCUACUAUAGAGACGACCCAGCUGGGCAAGGGCCCCGGCUGUACGCCACAAUGGAUUCACGGAAGAAUUUUAUAGGAGAGCAGUGAUUUCCUGUAAGGAGUGCAAUGAUCGGCUAUUGUGACAGACAGUCCUUUAUUGUAACAUUUAUGAUCCUCUAUUAAUGCCUAAAAAGGUGCUGCUCUUUUCAAGACCAAUUUAAUUUUCACAUGUACAGAGUAGAGUGAAAUUCUUUCUUGCAUGUCUAUUUGACAUACUUUUUUGUAUCAUCCACCUUUUGGAUUAUGUAGAUUCAAAAAGCUAUUACAUGGUGCUAGGGCAUAUCAAUAAGUCUUCAAAAAACAAAAAAAAUUUUGAGUCUGCAUUUAUUCUACCUAGUUUUAUCCAUAUAUAUUUGUCAUAAGCCUUUUAACUUUUAAUGAAUGUACAAGACACUAGUGAAUGGCAGGCAAUAGCAGAUGUUUUAGCAUUUCCACAGUAAACAAAGAAAUUCACUUCUUUGAUACAGAUGAUUGAGCAAGAUGUUCCCAGCCACGAACUGAAGAGAACGAAUAGCUGUGUUUGUUAGAAUGUAUGUGUGUAUAUAUAUAUAUAUAUAUUUUAUUUAUAUAUAUAUAUAUAUAUAUGUAAAACACAACAAGGACUUCAAUUCACUCAUUUGCACAUGUUGUUUUGGUUUUGAUCAACACCUUAGCUAGGGAGUAAAGUUGCAGUCACUGUGGUUCCGCACGCCUGUAAAAUACACUGUUGAAACUGAAAAAAUACCUUGUUUUAAUAUCCUCCCAAGUAAAUGACUGUUGAAUCAAAAGUUAUAUUCUUUGAACCAUAAUUCAGUGAGAAAGAGUGUCUGAUGAUGAUCUUUUCUUAAAGUUCUGCUGGAGUUGCCUGGCUAACCUAAAAUCUCUUAUUUCUUGUACAAACUCCAUCCCAUCUGUCUGUGUGUAUUUUUCCAUUGGUGUGAUGAUAUAGAGACAUAAAUGUAGGUUUUUGGACCUAUGAUUGUAAAAAAAAAAACAAGUGCCUGCUUUGUAAUUCUGUAUAAUACAAAAUAAAUAUCAGUGCCUGAUUAAUCUUA